GGUAUGGCCCACGCCAAGAGAAAGACUCGAAAGCUUAGGGGUCAUGUGUCACAUGGACACGGUCGUAUUGGAAAGCACAGAAAGCACCCCGGUGGUCGUGGUAAGGCUGGUGGUCAACAUCAUCACAGAAUCAACCGUGACAAAUUCCACCCUGGUCUUUUUGGAAAGGUCGGUAUGCGAGUAUUCCAUCUGAACAAGAACCAAUAUUAUUGCCCGACAGUGAAUGUUGACCGAUUGUGGUCCUUAGUACCUGAACCAAUUAAGCAGCAAGCCAGCCCCGACAAAGCUCCAGUCAUUGACUGCGUGAAGGCUGGUUACUUCAAGUAUGUCCCUUGGGAUAUUCGGGUCUCCUUCGGUGCUGUUCUAAUAUCUAUCGAAUAG